AUGCAAAAAACGAAAAAGAAAAGGGGCAAUGAAGAACCAAUGGAAGUUGAUGAAAAUCCUGAAGUUCAAAAUGGUGAAAUUAACGGCAACAAUGAUCUUAUGAAUGGGGAAAUUGAUCACAUUUCUGACGAUGAGGAAGGCGGAGUUCGUAUCGGCGAUAUUUACAUACCACCAGCACCUAAACCAGCGCUUACUUUUGAUGCCAAUGGCCCUAGAUUAAUAAUUACCCAAAUUGUUAAUGAAAAUUUUAAAAGCUACGCCGGAGUGCAAACAUUGGGGCCUUUUCAUAAGAGUUUCACUGCAAUUAUUGGGCCAAAUGGUAGCGGUAAAAGCAAUGUCAUUGACUCUAUGCUCUUUGUAUUUGGUUAUCGAGCUACAAAGAUUCGUUCAAAGAAAAUAUCAGUUCUCAUACAUUCAUCUAGCAAGUUUCCUAAUAUAUCGAGUGCGAGUGUUGCUGUUCAUUUCUGUCAGAUUAUUGAUGGGGAAGGUGAGGAUUUCACUCUUGUGCCUAACAGUGAAAUAGUUGUAUCUCGAACAGCGUUCAAAGACAACUCGUCGCAUUACACCCUAAAUGGACGGAGGGUCCAGUUUAAAGAAGUCGCUAAGAUGUUGCGCUCUCACGGAAUCGAUUUAGAUCAUAACCGAUUUCUUAUUUUACAGGGUGAAGUGGAACAGAUAGCUAUGAUGAAACCUAAGGCGCAGUCCGAACACGAGUCGGGAAUGUUAGAGUAUUUAGAGGACAUCAUUGGUACAUCCAGGUAUAAGGAACCAAUAGAAAAACUGUCAAUAAAGGUCGAGGAAUACAGCGAGAUGCGUAAGGAGAAAUUAAACAGGGUGCGUUUAGUGGAACAAGAGAAGUUGAAACUGGAGCAGCCAAUGAGGGAGGCUGUGGAACAGAUGAACCUGACCAACACUGCUUUACGGACCAGGAAUAUGCUGCUACAGAAAUAUAUUCAUGAAACUAAUAAAAUAAUUGAAGCAAAAACCAAAGAAAUGGAGGAGCUCAAAGAAAAUCUUGCAAAAAUUGAUUCAAAGUUAGAAGAGUUACAGAAGGAGUUGAAAGAGAAAAGCGAUGUGUUAAAAACUGGGAUGCAAAAAUAUGAUAAAAUGCAGAAGAGAAAAGAUGAAAUCGCGGAGAAACUGCAAAUGUGCAAGAAGAAAACCGUUUCAGUACAAGCAGACACGACGCAGGCGAACAAGAAAAAGAAAAAUCUGGAUCAACUGCUAGAACAGGAGAGAGGAAAACUCAUUGAUUUAGAACUCAUUCCAGAAAAGAACAAGAGGGAAAUAGAAGAUUGCGAGGCAUUGCUCGUCAAACACAAAGAGAACAAAAAGCUCGCCGAGGAAGAAUUGCAAACUGUAAUGGCUGGAGUGAGAUCGAAAACGCAAGGCUUGCAAGAAGCAAAAGACAAAUUGCAAGCCAAACUAAUGGAUCUCAAGAAGAUAGUGGACGAAGCGAACAAAAACUACAAAUUAGCUGAAUCCGAAUUGAAAAUAUAUUUAAGCACAGAAGAGAAGGAGAAUGAAAAGUUACAGAACAUAAAGGAUACAUAUGAAAAGGCAAUCAAAGACGUAGAAGAGAAGCAAGUUUUAUUUGAUGAACUAUCUGUUUCCGUACCAACAAAUGAGAAGCAGUUGAGCGACAUACAAGCAAAAUUGCAAGCAUUGAAGAAAGAGGAAUCAUCUAUUUCCAAUGAAGCAAGAUCUUUGAGGGCACAGCUAGAAGAAUCCAGGCAAGCAAUGAGCGCGAAUAAAUCUCGCGGCAGAGUUUUGGAUUCGCUAAUGAGAGAAAAGAAUAGUGGACGAUUGCCGGGCAUUUUCGGUAGACUUGGCGAUUUGGGAGGUAUAGAUGCGAGAUAUGACGUAGCGAUAUCGACAUGCUGUGGCGCGUUAGAUAACAUAGUGGUGGACACAGUGGAGACCGCUCAGAGCUGUGUUGAAUAUCUGAAACGGAACGAUAUAGGCAGAGCUACCUUUAUAGCGUUAGACAAGCAGCAACACCUCGUGUCGCAAUACGAGAGGCGGAGUACUUAUCCAGAGAACGCACCCCGCCUCUUCGACUUGGUAAAAGUCAAAGACGAUAGAGUGCUGCCAGCUUUCUACUACGCUCUUCGCGAUACUCUAGUGGCUAAGGAUUUGGAGCAGGCUUCUCGCAUCGCAUACGGACACACGAGAUACAGGGUGGUAACACUGAAUGGUGACGUCAUAGAAAUUGCCGGUACAAUGUCCGGUGGUGGAAAAUCGACUAUGCGUGGCCGCAUGGCAAGUUCUGUUCAACAAGACACGAGCGAACAAGACCCUCGAGUGAUCCAGCAGAGCGAGAGAAAACUUGCGGCUUUGGAGGAGAGGUUGAGGCAGCUUCGAAGCGAGCAAGUAACUCUCGAGGAUACAAUGGUCUCCCUGCAAAAAAGCACAAGAGAAGGCAAAACAACAUUACACAAACUUAAUAUUGAGUUAACGAGCUUGACUGAGCAAGUUCCUGUAUUAAAGAAUCAAAUAAAACAACAAGAGAGCAAGGCCGCUGCGAGCAAAGUUGAUGCCAAACAAAAAGCAAAACUUGAAGCUGUUCUUAAAGAGACAGAGAAGAAACUCGAGAAGGCAAAGUUUGAUGCUGGUGAAGUGGAGAAAGAAGUGCAUGGCGUAGAUGCCCAAAUUGCGGCAAUAGCUGGAAGUAAAGUGCGGGAUCUUCAGAAGAACGUAGACGACUUAACCAAAAAAAUCGAUAAAGUUUCCACUGAGAUAACUAAACUGAAAGUCGCUAUAAACACUAGCAUAAGAAACGCCAAGAAAUCUAAGGACAAAAUCAACCAAAUGGAAACAGAUUUGAAAGAGACAGAAAAUAAUUUGGAGAAUUUAAACAGUCAAAAGAAACAGCUCUCUCUGGAUAGCGCACAGUUACAAAAGGAUUUCGAUGAGAUAGAAGAACAAAUUAACGAAGGCUCCGAAGAGUUCUCGGGGCUUAAGCAAGAAAUAGCUAAAUUACAAACCAAGGAGAAUAAGGCUCAGAGUGAACGACUCGAAGCCAAUAAUGCUGUGAACAAAAUGGAGAAGGCUAUCCAGGAAUGUACGAGUAAAACGCCUUUGUGGGAAAAAGAGUUGACAACUCUGAAAUUGGAGGACCCAGGUUUGGAUGGUGUUCCGGGUAUAGAAAGACCCGCCCCGUUGGAACGGCACACCGCUGAGGAAUUGGAUGAGUGUGCGGUAGAAGAGUUAAGGAAUCGAUUGGCCGCGCAAAAGGCGAGACUUGGCGAUGCUAAACCAAAUAUCCAGGCUAUACAAGACUACAGGACGAAGGAGGAAUUAUAUUUGAAAAGGGCGGCGGAAUUGGAUGAGAUUACGACUAAGAGAAAUGAGAUGCGGGCAUUGUACGAUCAACUGAGGAAGAAACGCACUACGGACUUUUUAAGUGGCUUCAAUACAAUAACAUCGAAACUAAAGGAGAUGUAUCAAAUGAUCACUUUAGGUGGAGAUGCUGAAUUGGAACUAGUCGAUUCAUUGGAUCCUUUCACAGAAGGAAUUAUUUUUAGUGUCCGUCCACCAAACAAGUCAUGGAAGAACAUUUCUAAUUUAUCCGGAGGCGAGAAGACAUUGUCUUCGCUGGCGCUAGUGUUCGCGCUGCAUUACUAUAAGCCCACUCCGCUUUAUGUUAUGGACGAAAUAGAUGCAGCGUUGGAUUUCAAAAACGUGUCCAUUGUUGCUAACUAUAUUAAGGAAAGAACAAAGAACGCACAGUUCAUUAUAAUCUCCUUACGUUACAACAUGUUCGAAGUAUCCAAUCGACUUGUCGGCAUUUACAAAACGGAGGAUUGCACGAAGUCAGUCACCAUCGAGAAUAAAGUACCUGAACAACCGACAUGCGAUAUUAUGACCUAA